GCUCAGACACGGCCUGAUAGCCCAAUUAAAGGCCACAAUUCCAAUGGUCUUCCUUCUUUCCUCGACUCUGCCACCGGGUCAGGAGCAGCAUCGGCUAGCCCACCCCACACCCAGUCCUCCACUUUGCGAUCAAGAAGGCGGCAAAGCUACGGAAAAAAGGGCGAACAGGGCGGGGUCGACAUGUCGGGCACCAUCGACGCGGCGGGGGAGCCGAUCCCGACUUCGGCGGUCCUCAUGGCGGCUGCCAAGCACAUCGCGGCGCGGUGCCGAGCCGAGAACGUGGCCUUCAUCAAGUGCAAGAAGAAGGACCCUAACCCCGAGAAAUGCCUCGAUAAGGGCCGCCAGGUCACGAGCUGCGUCCUAAACCUGCUGAAGGAGCUCCACCAGAAGUGCCCGAACGAGAUGGAUGCAUAUGCAGGCUGCAUGUAUUACUACACUAAUGAGUUUGACUUGUGCCGCAAAGAGCAGGAAGCAUUUGAGAAGGCAUGCCCAGUAUCAGAAUAGUCCUGGGACAUUGCUUCCCAUCCUCGUCUUCAAAUAAUUCAUGACAAACCCAACCUAUGAAUUCCUCUGUUGCUUUUUGCCACCGAAGAAACUAUAUGUGAGCUCAAAUUGCAUUUUCGUUAGUGUCUGCAUCAGUAGACUUUAUUCGUGAAAUUGCAUUUCUUUUGAACUAA